AUGACGCAAGAAGAGGCCAGAGCAUCGCAAAACUUGAUUAAAGAUAUUAUUUCUAUCUGUGGUAAUAGAAUUAAAGCUUUAUUUGAUUCGAGAGCUACAUUUUCGUUCAUCUCAGAAGAAUAUGUAGAUAGAUUGAAGUUAGAACUGAAAGAGCUACCUAUGAUAAUUAAAGUGACUACGCCUUUUAGAUCCACGAGUAUUACUAGCAAAGUAUGUUUGAAAGUUAAGAUUGUAUUUGCGGAUGAAGUAUCUGUGAUCAAUCUUAUUUGCAUUCCUAUGAAAGGGAUUGAUGUGAUAGUUGGUAUGGAUUGGUUAGCAGCUAAUAAUGUUAUGCUAGAUUGUGCCAGGAAGCUAGUCUCUUUGCCAUUAUCGUUGAAAAUAGUGUAUUAUAGGGGUAUUGAGAAGAUUGGAGUGGUAAGUGAAUUUCUUGAGAUAUCGUCCGAAGAGAUAUCUAGAUUACCUCCAGAAAGAGAAGUUGAAUUCUCAAUAGAUUUGGUUCCUGAUACUGAGCUAAUUUCUAAAGCCCCUUAUCGGAUGUCACCCUCAGAGCUCAAUGAGUUAAAGAAGCAGAUUGAUGAUUUGCUUAACAAAGGUUUUAUCAGGUUGAGUGUAUCACCUUGGGGUUUGCUGGUGUUAUUUGUGAGAAAAAAGGAUGAUAGUUUGUAG